AUGAAUAUAUCAUAUUUAAGGAAUUUUUCUUGUAUAUAUUUUUUGAUAAUUAUAUGGAAAUUUAGUUAUGUAUAUAACGAAAGUUAUUCAAAUAUAAAAUGGGAACAUGAUUUAUUUAGUAUCAGUGAUUUACAUAGUGAUUUGGAUGCUUUAAAAAAAACUUUAUUAACAGAGAAUAUAAUUGAUGAAGAAAAUAAUGCCAUUAGGGAAAAUGUGUUCGUGAUAAUAACUGGGGAUGUUUUAGACCCAGCUUAUGAUGAUAUAGAAAUUUUAUAUUUUAUUCAAAACUAUAAUAUAAAGGCAAAACCAUUAAAUUCGAAAAUACAAUUAAUAUUAGGUAAUCAUGAAGUUCAAAACAUUUGUCUAGAUUUUAUUGGGAAUAAAAAAUAUGGAGAAGAAUAUAAAGCCAGAAAUAAAUUGUUUAAAAAAGGUGAAGUAUUAUAUAAUUAUUUAUUGGACCUACCUUUUGUCAUCAAAGUAAAUGAUAUUUUAUUUUCACAUGCAAGUAUACUUCCUUAUUAUGCUAAGCGUGGUAUUGAUUAUAUAAAUGAUGAAGGAAGGAGUGAAAUAAAAAAUAAUUGUACAUUACUCAAAUUUAAAAGAAAAACGGGUCAAAGAUUUUGUGUUUGUUGUUAUAAUGGACCUACAUUUAAUAGAUACUUUUCUCGUGCUGCAGAAAUGCCGUUUAGAAGGGAAGUAUGUAAAUCUCUUUUUAAAACACUAAAUAAAUUAAGUGCCAAAAAAUUGGUUAAUGGACAUACUAUUCAAAGAAAUAGAAAGGUUAAUGAGUACUGUAAAGGAGGUCUUAUAAUGGCUGAUACAGGUAUAAGUAAAUGGAAGUAUGGUGUUAUUAAUUAUGUUCAAUAUUUUCAAGAUGGAUCAUAUAAAGUAAAUUAUAUAAAUUCCGAUAUAUAG